ACAUUUCAUUCAUUGUGAUUUUCGCAAUCAUAAAUUUUUUGUGUCGCUUUCAUUUUCAUUUCGGUUAAUUCCCAAAUUAUGAUCUCUUCUAUUCAUUGAGGUCAAUACGAAAAAUACGGAAUAACGAGCGUAGUUGCGAAGGUCAGGUCGAGCACACAGGAGGUAGUAAGAUUAUAUGGAGACGUUCUCCAAUCGGCCAGGCUGCCCUUGAUGACGGAAGAUUUUUGUGGGUACGUGGGGGUCCGAGGGCCGAAUACCUAGUGGCGAAUCGAAUCCGGUGCUCGCAACGCAACGCACGUAGUCGACGGGGCUCAGGUUCUCGGACUCUCGGGCGGGCAAAAGGCAAGAGGCGAAUCAGUCUUUGGUAGUCUCAGUUGUUGGAGUGUCGUGCGCACUGCGAACGAGUUAGCGCGCAUCGACGGCGAUCUUUUUUUCUCUCUGCGUCGCGUGUGCUUCGCGGUGUGUUCAGUUCAGUACGAAAUUCUAAAGUGUUCGCGCGCCGAACUCUAAUGACAAUUUGUAUAGCGCGGAUAAAUUUAACAACGAACUAAGAUGGCCGCCGAUUCGGGAAUGGAAACCUGCCCUUCGCCAGAAAUCGCCGAUUCCAGAAAGAGACCGCUGGACGGUGACGCCGAGAACGGGGACACGAAACGCUCCCACUUCAGCUCAGAUGGAGGUUCGGAUGAGGAAAGAACGGCGUCAGGUGGCGAUGGCACGUUUCACUUCAAAUUACUGGUACCCAGCGUGGCGGCAGGAGCCAUCAUCGGCAAAGGGGGCGAAACCAUUGCACAGUUACAAAAAGAAACUGGGGCCCGUGUUAAAAUGUCCAAGUCUCACGAUUUUUAUCCAGGCACGACGGAGCGAGUAUGUUUGAUAACGGGUAGUGUGGAAGCAAUUAUGAGUGUAGUAGAUUUUAUUAUGGACAAAAUUAAAGAGAAACCUGACCUAACGAAAACUCUAAUCGAUUCGGAAAAUAAAAUGCACGAGCGAGAUAAGCAAGUAAAAAUUUUGGUGCCAAAUUCGACGGCCGGUAUGAUAAUCGGCAAGGCGGGUAAUUACAUAAAACAAAUCAAAGAAACUAGCGGCUCGUACGUUCAGAUCUCCCAAAAAGCCAAAGACAUAAGUUUACAGGAAAGGUGUAUUACCGUUAUAGGGGAAAAGGAACAGAACAAACAGGCCUGCAUGAUGAUUAUAAGUAAAAUAGUCGAGGAUCCCCAAAGCGGCACGUGCCUGAACGUGUCGUACGCGGACGUGAGCGGCCCGGUAGCGAACUACAAUCCCACGGGUUCCCCGUUCGCCAAUCAACAAUCCUCCAGCGCUUUCACCGCCUCGUCGACGAACCUGAACGGCGGCCUGAGCACCGCCGUUUCGCAGAGCCUGCUUCUCAACGGUGGCAUAAAUUUGAAUUUGAAUUUAUCCGCCGCCGGCCAGAACAUCAGCAAUGUCACGGCUCAAUUGUUGGAUCACAUUAAGAUGCAACUGAGAACUACCGGUCUUGCGGAGGCUCAAAUUGGAGAAAUUUGCGCGGCUCUUGCAGUGCUUGCCAAAUAUGGAGUCAUUUCUGUAGGAUUAGGACUAGGCGGGACUCACCAUGCGGCCCUACCCGUUUCUAAUUACCUCAGUGUCAUGGACUCCACCGGUGCGACAAACGCUGGCACAGGAGUAUUCGGAGCGAUCGGUCAGGUUAAUUUGGGAGAUCAUCUAGGUGCGAACUCCACGGCUCCUCGAUCAAAUUUGGAGCGUUACGAAUCCGCUUUCGACCCCUUUAGGCACCAAGCUUCAGCGGCCACGGCUCCCAUCUCCUUGAACAACAACAGCUUCGGACUGGGCACCAACCAAGCCAUGACGGUGUUGAACAAGAGCCCGACGCCAGCCGAGCUCAACGGCAACAAGGACUCCAAGAACGUCGAAAUUGCCGAGGUCAUCGUUGGAGCCAUUCUUGGUCCGGGCGGGCGAUCGCUGGUGGAAAUCCAGCAAAUCAGCGGCGCCAGCAUACAGAUAUCGAAGAAGGGGAUCUUCGCGCCGGGCACCCGCAAUCGCAUCGUCACCAUCACCGGCAAUCCACAUUCCAUCACUACGGCCCAGUAUCUGAUCGAGCAGCGCAUCAACGAAGAGGAGCUGAAGAGGGCGCGCAAUAACGGGCUCGGCACGCUGGCCAUCCAGUGAUUGAGCGACGACGACGAGCCUCAAGGCGACCUCCAAAAUUUUAGUACAAACAGCAGAAGUCCGCGGAAUGGUAGAGCAAUGAAAGAGGGGAGUGUGUCGGGCGGUGAUGCUUUCGUUGUUGGAUAAUUUAGUUGAAAAUUGUUGAAGGUGUUUAUUUUGUCGUUAGGGUGGAUUUUUAGGCUGGGUUCUCUGCAGGCAAAACUUUAAAAUGAACCUGUUUUGUUCAGUUUAACGGUUUUAUUGUUUUAUUGGCGCUGUUGGAAAUUUUGUGUUACUUCUAAAUUAAUUUGAUGUUCUUUUUCGAGCGUCUAAAACGUUCAAGAGGACCCAGAAAUUGUUAAUGUUCUAAAUUUUAAAUAUUAAAAUCUAUAAAUUUUAUUCCUUUGAAGCGAACAAUUCUAAGUCAAACGUUUUUGUGUAGUUGAAAUAAUAUUAUAUUUUUGUUGUAAUUAUAACGAUUGUUUAUGUAAAAUACUUGUUUUUCCGUCAAGAAAGUGAAUUGUUAUGAACUGAUCUGAUUUUUUACAGGUAGUUUUAGAUUUUUAAGGAUUUUGAUCGAAAUUGUGAUGACUCAUUCAUAUAAUCACUUCUGGUGUCUGUACCAAUCAUUUUUUUUUUGUUGUAUCACAUUUCAGUGUACAUUAUUUAAUUCGUUUUAACGUUUUAACCAUUCGACAUAGAUGUACUAAAAUGUUUCCUAAUUUUUAGUUAGAUUAUUAACAAAUUUGGGCAAUCGAGGAAACUCCUUUAAAAAGGUGUUAAAAUGUUUCCAAAUUUUUUUAGUUAGAAUGUAAAAUUUAUAUAACAAUUUUUGCCAAAAAAUACUCAUUUUUAGUUUAGUUUAAAAUGAGUAUAAAACGUGGCUAAAAAUUUUACUAACUAAAUUCUACUGAAUGUUCAAUAUUCUACUGAAUUUUUUAGUAUUGUUUAUUAAAUUUUCCAGUCUGUUUUGCGAGUUUUCUAUUGAAACAAGCGUUCGUAUUUUUGGAAGAUGUUUUCAAAACGGUGGAAGUUGUUUUUAUUAAAUGGUUAGGGUUUAUCGAACAAUUAGAAACGCGUUUACGUUAUUGAUCAAUACAAUAACCAAUUUGAUUAUUUAACCAGACGGGUAUGAAUCUAACGCCAAAUUACUAUCAAUGCAUGAAUUAUUGCAGUUUUUUCAAAGAACCCGUCUGAUUACAGGCAAACGCCGCUUUAAAUAUUAGGUACUCGCAAUUUUAUUUUAAUUCGUUUCUCAGGUGUACGUUGAUGAUUGCCUAUUACUUAGUAAUGUAUAUUGUGAUUGGUAAUUUACGAUUAUGAUGGUUAAAUUUGCUACAAAUAUAUUAAGUAUUUCCAUCAUUUUCCUGGAAGCGUGUACCUGCAACAAAACCUCAAAGAAAUCUAUAUUUUUGCUGGUCGAUACUUGACUAGAGAUUGAAGUCGAGUUUUUGGACCAAGUCGUAGAUUUAUGAAGUAAUGAGUUAAUUGGUAGUACUUAUUAGAUUUUUUUUCUUCGUUUCCUUUCCAUGGGUGCUGGGUUAAAUUUAUCUCCACUCCUUUUCUUUUUACCUUAUAAUUUUCUUUCUCCUUGAGAGGAUCUUAUUUUAUUUUUUCUUUCAUAAUGGACUCGCCUAAACUUUCUACAGAUUUUCAUGGUAUAUUGGGAAUAUAAGUACUGCUUAGAACUGCAGAAUCUACGAUUUAGUCCCUUUACCAAUCAAGAGUUAGUUUAGAUUAAUAAGAAAAAGGGCAUAUAGUUGUAAAUAGUCAUUAGAGAAUUAGUCAUCUAUUUCACUUCGGAACUUGUUACAUUGUUCUUAUAGGUUUUACUCAAAAUACGAAGUAAUUACGCAGAGAUAAAUGUGACUCGCAAAUCAUAUAUUGUUGUUAUAUUAUAGUACGUUGUUAAUAUUGUUAAAGUUUGGACACGUCUCGCACGAAAAAUUUAACUUGGUUGUGUGUUUAUUAAUAUUGUGGUUGCGAACAAUGCGUUUUAGUUGCCAGUUUGAUAGAAAAAAUUAUUCUGUUGCAAAGUGCCUAAUUGAAUUUUGAUCAAUUUGUUUCGAAUAUCUCAAAUUGACUGAAAGCGCUUUUUUGAAAAUUAAAUUUUUGAUGACACCAAGUUAAACAGUUGCUGAGAGGUGAUUUUAUACACAUUCAUAGUUUAAUCGUUUAAAUGUUUGUGAUGAUCAUAAUAUACUAAAUUUACAUAAUAUUACAAAAUGUAAUUUAACGGAACAAGCUCUUCAAAGAUUAUAUUUAAUGUUAAAAAACGUUUCAGAUGAUAACGUGUUGUUGGUAAAAAAAUCUUCACAUUUAGCUUUCAUACUCUCAUAAAAUCUGGUCAUUUUCGUAUAAAUUUACAAAAGUACUAGCUAUAUAAAUAAAUUUAACUAUUGCGUUAAAUGACCAGGCUAUAUCCCAUAUAAUACCAUAAAAACUAUUCGUGAAUAUACUAUUGCUGUGAUAUAUUCAUUUCCAUUUCCAGAUAUCGUUACCCAAUAUACGCUUUGUUGAAAAUUUUAUUGAAAUAGCGGAACCGAUUUUCAAACUAGGAAAAUAUUUUUAUUAACAUCAGCAUUAUUGAAUUAACAACUUUUUAGUUACACAGGAGUCUUUUGAAUUGAAAUGCAUUGAUGAGAACUGGUUUGAAAAUUGGAAAUUUUAACCAAAUUGAAUGAAAAUCAAAUCAUCGUAGAUCAUCUUGUCAGGUUUUUUAAACUCAUCAUUGUAAACGUAGUGAUUGAUAUACAGAUAAGAUCACAAUAUUGUCUAAUUGCGCACUCGUUAAAAGUAUUUUCCACCCGAUUUAUCCGAUCGUAAUUUUCGGAUAAAUCGACAUGUACAUUAGACAUUUGGAUUUUAUUCUGUAUGGAGAAAACCCAGUUACAUUAUUUUUAUUUUAUACGAGUACAUACAAUUUUACGUCAAAAAACUGUUAAUUAUAAAAUAUAUUUUAUUUUUAUAUAAGUGUAAUAUGUUUAUUUAGAUGUGUAUAAAUUUAAAUAUGUUUAUAAAAAAUAUUUUUGUUUGGAUAGAUUUUAUCGCAUUGUAAAAAGCGUUGUUGUCGUAUGGCAUGGGAAAAUUACCGGAAAUUUUAUUACAUUACAUUACUUAUAUACGUUAUUUGAUACACAUACUGUUUAAUUUAAGUUGAAAGCUUUUGUAAGUACAACUUUCGAAAUAUGUGCGUAAAAUUUCUAAACUCAUGCUGUACAAGUUACUAAUUUAUUACACACAAAUGGCCUAUAUACACUAAAGAUAUAUGUGAAAUGUUGACUGGUCAUAUUACUAGUUAGAAACGUAUAUAAACGUUUUAUAUAAGGUUAACCAACAGAUCUAUUGCUUACCAAUAGUUAUUGAUAAGGCUAAUUUAAAUUCAUCAAAAUUUGAACUCUCAUUCACGAAAGAAGAUCGGAAUUUACCAGUACACAACGUCAAUUGUUAUCACUAUAAUUACAUAACAUACGUAAUUAUAAGGGAGACUUAAAGAGCAAUAAAACGCCAAACACACCUUUUCAAUAAGUAAAUUCCUUUUUGCAUUAUUAUUGUUCUUGGUACAUUCAACUGCAACGUUUCUGCAACUAUCCUUAUUGCACUGCUAAAAAUAUUCUUUUGUUCUUUCCCCUUCAUAUUGCUGAAAACUUCGUUUUUUAAACGAACCCAUCAUAAAGCCUUAUGUUUGGCUUGAUUUUUUUGGGCCUGGAGGAAAAGUUACAAAAGCAAACCGGCCUUUGCAGUUUAUAUAAUUGAGUCCCCUUUGAGAAAUUAAUCCAGAAUUAUUACUGCAGAUAGUGACAAUAAAAUUAAUUAUGCUAAAUAUAUAAUGUAUUUUCUCGAGUGAUGAAUUUAAAAAAGUCAAUUAAUACUCGACACGGGUCAAAUAGAAAUGUGUGAUAUAAUUCAUUUUGUUUUAUUCUUUUUUUGCUUUGAUCUAAAUUGAGAUAAUACUAUUUGGAAUUGAGCAGUGGUUUUUGUUCUAAUAGCGAUUUAUCCAAAUAAUAGUCGAUUAUUUUCACGUUAAAACUGUCCACCAGCAAUAGUUAACGAUUAUUCAUAUUGAUUUAUGUCGAUUUUAACAAUUUUAUUAGUCAUUGUAACAAUAGUGAUAUGAUUUUUUACUUGUGAUUGAAAAGUGCUGUAAAAAGGAAUAAGAUUCCAAAAAUUGUUAUUUUGACACUGCUGACGUUAUUGAUGUAUAUUUUCCAUUUUAUCAUUUGUUAGUGGCAGUUGAAGAGUAGUUAGUCUGGGUAUAUACAUAAUAUAUAAAUAUAUAUAAAAAAUAUUGUUAAAACACAUUAAAUUUCAAUAAAAUCAUAGUGCCAUACAACGUUAUUAUUCAUAUUACCUCAUUUCAUCUUCCACAUCCAUUCGUUUCCAUUCUUUUUUUUAUUUGAACCAUUAAGCCAUUAGAGACGUGGGAAUCACCUAACUUUGGAUGAAUAUGCCCUGGAUAAUUCACAAAAUCGGGAUUAAAACUAAUUAAAAUUUAUGAAAUACGUAUAACAAUGGUAACGUGCUGUGAUAUAAGCCACUUAGCCCCUUUCGAUUAUCAUACAGAAAUAUUUAUUUUACAUUUUUACAAGAAUAUCGAGCAUUUUAUUUAUUUUUACUUAUUGGGUAUUAGUCACCUAUCGUUCCAUUCCGCACUGGAUCAUUACUAUAAAAGUAUUUCUCUUAAGAAAUUGAUUGUUAAUUGUUAUCGUUUGUAAAAAUUUUAUUAAAAUUUUAUUUUUUAAAAAAUGACUGAAUAUAUCUGUAA